AUGGCGUGUGCGUGCUAUUUGCUAAGUGAUGUCUGUUGCUGUGUCCCCCUGCAGGACACGAUCGCCUGCCAGCGUGGAUGCCGGCUUCUCUCCAUCUGCCAGUUUGUGGAUGGAAUCAGUGGUUUGAACAGCACCAGAGCCGAGUGUGAGGCAGCGUGCCUGGAGGCGUACAGGCAGACAGAUGAGCAGUACGGGUGUACCACCGGCUGCAGGGAGCAGUUCCUGGAGGCAGAGAGGAGACAGAAACAGCUCCUGGCGUCGACGUCUGAGACCCCCUCCUUCUCCCUCAUCCACUACGUGUCCAACCUGUGCAGCGACUUUGUCAACUCAGCCCAGAGUUUUAUCUCUUCCACCUGGACCUUCUACCUGCAGGCUGACGAUGGCAAGGUGGUGGUCUUCCAGGCAAACCUGGAAGUGGACUUCUCGUCCCUGGACCUGGAGCCCUCGCUGCCCAACGAGACUGAGAAUCCCCAGGACGGGAUCCCCGGAGUCCAGGAGGAGGAGCUGCCGACGCCACGGAUGGCCCUGGCAACGCCGGAACCGCGGCCAGCUGCGGCUGAGGGAAUGAGGAAGGAGUCAGACAGUCGGGCGAUCGCAGAGCCAGCGGUGAAAGAGAAGCUCACAGAUGGAGAAGGCCUGCAGACGCAGCACGACUUCCUGGGCUGCAUGUCACGGCGCUCAGGGCUUCCCCGGUGGAUCCUGGCUGGUUGCCUGGUUUUGUCAAUCGCGGUCAUGUUGUGGCUGAGCUGCGCCAGUUUGGUGACCGCCCCCGAUCAGCACGUCAAGUCGCAGCCUCUGAGCAUCAGUAGUGACGAGGAGAGUUUGGUGAAGCCUCCACUGUACGGACUGUCCUCUGUGAUCACGGUGACGAUCCAGGGUGGAGAGGAGGAGGACGAUGCGGGUCCUCUGCCUAUGAAAGUCGACCUGAGUAAAACCCUCAUCUAGAACAUCGCCUGCUCGUGUAAAGGGCCAUUCCCGUCUUGCUUGCUGGCUCAAGGUGCAGCUUCAGUAUUGAGGAGUACCCCGUCUUCCCUGCCCCCCCCCCCCCCCCCUCCCUCCCCAUCUCCCCCUCCCACCCCCUUGUGAAAUACAUCCUGGACUGCAGGCUGGGGAGGGGGUGACAUUUUUUGGCAUCUAACAGCAUUAUAAAUCUCUACACAUCAAGAUUGGAAAUCCCAAGAGCCCAAACUCCUCAUCUUCUGUUGAAGUCCUAAAUGAGGAGUUUUCAGGAUUCUGGGAUGUCUUCAUAACUUCCUUGAUCUUAUUGUGAGCUGAUUAUGUGCUUGUGGUGAAGUGAUCAAAGAGACCUGUAAUUCUCAG